AUGAGCUAUUCCUGUACCCGCAUCGGCAGCAGCCAGGACCCAUCAACCGCUAAGAAGCCUGCCGGUAAUAAUCCGGGUAGAGACACCGGAGGCGCAGACAGCAGCAGCAGCCCGACGCAAACGGCGGCAAUGAAAGUGAAGAAAGGCUGCAACUCCACCGACGUGGUGGGGUUCCCGGUGACCACGGAGGAGCGGGACGUGCUCGGCAGCACGGUCAUCACUCCGGAGGAUGCUCUGGGCUUGCAGAAGAUCACAGAGAAUUAUCUUUGCAGCCCGGAUGAGAAUAUUUACAACAUUGACUUCACCCGGUUCAGGAUCAGAGACAUGGAGUCUGCCACCGUGCUGUUUGAAAUCACCAAACCUCCAUCCACAGGCGAGAAGAAGGACGCCGACCCAAACGCCGGCCGAUUUGUCCGUUACCAGUUCACCCCCGCUUUUCUCCGACUGCGGCAAGUUGGAGCCACUGUUGAGUUCACGGUCGGAGACAUGCCGAUAGAAAACUUCAGGAUGAUUGAGAGACAUUAUUUCAGAGAGAAGUUGCUCAAGAGUUUUGACUUUGAGUUUGGCUUCUGCAUGCCCAGCAGCAAAAACACCUGUGAACAUAUCUACGAAUUUCCACCUCUGUCUGAGGACAUCAUCAGAGAGAUGGUGCUGCACCCGUACGAGACGCAGUCCGACAGCUUCUACUUUGUGGACAAUAAGCUGGUGAUGCACAACAAGGCGGACUACUCGUACAACGGCGGGACGUAGAGACGGCGCGCUGACGCGAGAGACGGGCGGCUGUGCGGACUGAGCCGGGGAACCAUCAGAGGACACUGGUGGGAUUAACAUCCUGCCCAUACAGUAGUCUCUCUCUCUCUCGUUAUCUCUCUCUUUCCCUAUAUCUUUUUUCCCGCUGAGAGAACGAACGCCAUCCAGAAAACUGCCACACAUAUGUGUCAGUUGUAAACUGUGUGUGUGUGUGUGUAUGUGAGAGAGUUGGCAUGUUUAAGUUUGACAAAGCCUAAAAUCUACAGACACACAGUUCACAGCACGCCGUGGGGUCGCUGUCACAGGUUUUUUGUAUGAUAAACCAGCAAGUAAGCAAGUUUUUAGGAAAUAUCCGAUGGUUUUUCGCUCUCUAGCCACGUCGUGUGAUGUGGGGGGAAAAAGUUCAAACUCUGGAUCUUCAAAUAUCGAUAGAUUAUUUAUUUUUUUGUCAUUGCUCUAUGUUAGGGUUUAGGAACAAAUAUUGCAACUAAACUUGUGUGUUUUGAGGACUUGAGUUCUUCUUCUGAGGUUCAGUGAGUGAUCUUUUUGGAGUGUGUUGUGCGACUGCCUGUGUCUGUCAGUGUGACGCAUGAUUCAUGGUCUGAUAAGAAUACAAGAACUUAAAUGUCAAUAAUGUGGUCAUUUGAUUUCUAAAGGUAAAAUAGAUUUGUGAAACCUGUUAGCUCAUCAGACCCGUUUCCUUUGUUCUUUAUUUAUAUCUCGAGUUGUGUAACGUGUGUUACCCGUAGGGCGUAUGUGUUCAUUGUUUUUGCACAAAGCACAACAUAUCUUCAACAAAGGGGAAACUUUUAAAGAUGAGCUAAUCUGAUACGACUAUGAAUGUAACUAGUUGUACCUUUGAAGCCUCAUGUUGCUUUGUCUAGUUCAUAAAGAAGUUGUUACAACUUUUGUUAGGUUGCCUAUCCGAGUGGAAGAAACAAGUCAUAAAUGUUGAAUUGUUUCCAUCAGAUUUGUUGCACAAAGGAAAAAGAUAAGAGGAAUGUAGCAGAAAUCUCAUGUAUAUUUUUGGUUUGUUUGAAAUCUAAAGUCUGUUUCCACAUCGGCCUGUUCAUUGGUUGUUUCUCGAAUGUCUGCCUCUCGCACUCCAGUAAGUUAGGACCUGAGUGUGUUGAUCUCUUGUUAUUUGAGGGAAUCUGUCACACAGAGAAUCAGUGUCUUGGGAUGGCUCUAAAUCGUAUACACACACCUCACUUUCUCUAUGACAAAAAGUGUCAACAUUGUUCUUUUUGAUUCCUGAUUUUUUUUUUGUGACUGCAGUCAAAAUCCACCCGUCUGUUCCAGCAAGUGCAGGUCAGGUCUGUCAGGAAGUGCAGCCAGUUCAGAGAAACGUACAUCAAUGCACCUGUUGCAUGUUCAAAUCAACACAAGCAAAAGCAUGGAAAUUAAUUCAGAUUGUCUUUGGGUCAAAGGGAUCACACUGUGGGAGACUUUCUCUUGGUCUGCGAGUUGCUGAUUGUCUCAUAAAGGGAAGAAAACGGACAAGAGGAGCUGCGAGUGGACUCUGUUCAUCUGAGAUAAAACUCACUUGAAUGUUAUGUCAAAAAACGUAACGGAUAAGUAGAGCAGAUUUAUUUUUGACUCGUGUACAAAUGAUUUUGAACUCAUUAAAAUUGUUGGGUAUAACUGAACAAAAGUAAAAAGAUAAAUAAAGAUUUACGGGACAUUUGAAA